CCGCCGCCGCAGUAUACCUACUCGCCGUACACCAUUACAAUAAUAUCGCAGUAGAUUGUGUUGUAGUUUCGUUUCGGCCUCCGCCGCGCACGCGUGUCCGAUUUUUUGUUGUUACCCCGAAGGUGUGAUAUUACAGUCGUCGUCGUCGUCGGGUAUAUCCUGGUAAUUUUAUCGGCCGCCAUCUACGACGCACCACGACCACGAGAUACGGUCGACUUUCGUCGAUAAUAAUAGUAAUUAUCAAUACCUAAUAUUCUUAUCUCGGCGGAUACGACUGCGCCACUAACCAGCUGCAGUCACACACGCACACACCGUCGAACCAGUAAGUCGUGUGACGGUCAAUAUUAUUCCGUAUACCAUAUAGAUAAUAAUAUGCUUCGUUUCUCGUAUUUCGACUCGUCUUAUCAGGGGGGAAACGGGUGUAUAAUAAUAUUACGGAACUACGCAGAUAAGUAGAUAGCUGGUACCGUGUACCUAUUAUUACGGACAAAUCGUAGACCUGUUAACCUAUUUUUAAAUCUAUGUAGGUAUAAUAAUAUCAUUAGCCACAGCUUCGUGUGUUUCGGCCCGUUUAAAAGGGUUCCUGAUAAGACUUUAAAUUCUUAACCAAAUAUCGUGUAUUCGACAAAUCGCAAUGUAAUUACCUUGUCCGUUUGACACGAUCAUAACAUAAUACGCCACAUUGUUAUUGUGCAAAGUAGAUUGCUCGCCAUUUGAUUACGUACUGAUUAGAUAAUAUUUGACACCUAUCAUUUUACGUGAUUCGAAUAAUUAUUGUUGUCAAAUACCUUAUAGGUAACGUUUUCGUUUCAAGGUUUACUGACCAAUUUUAUAAUUACAAUUAGUUACCUAUAUUGGCUAUAUUCAUUCAGUCUUGUAUCGUCACGAACUACCGAUCCCGACUGAUCAACGAUUACCAGAUUGUUCAACCUGUUUGUUGCCGUUUCAAUUUAUUUAUCUAAUAGAGAUACCAAAUGUUUGCAGUCUUAAGAAUUUUAGUUGUGUAAAGAACAAUUUAAAUUCUCAACACAAUUCGGUAGCGCAUACCAUAGAUAUAAAUUAAUAUUGUUCUAUGAUAGUAGGUACUUAUCUGCGUCCUACCUCUUAUCUCACAGCCCCUUGAUUACCUAAACAUUAUGUAAGUAUUAUGAAAGUUCAACUAUUUCGGUUUUUGAAUAACUGGUUUUACAAAAACAAACGAAACAAGUAUUAUUAUGUGUUGAUCAUUAAAAGAUUAACCAAUGGGUGUAAACUAAAGAACCUCUCCAACACAAAAUAUAUUAUGUUCUAACAAUACUAAAGUAAUUUACCUAUAGGUAAAGUUAAGUUACAAAAUAUUAUGGUACUAAUAUAGAAGUUUCUCUACACUGUUAUACCAUUUUCAUUGAAAUGGUCAAAAUUAGAAUUAUUUACAGGGUAAAUCACAAAAGGAAAUCAUUGUACAAAUGUUCGUUAUCACAAAAAUGUUUUGUAAUCUCAUAGGAAAUAUUGUUAAUGUUUCUGAAAAUCAUGGGAUCUGGUGUUAGUUCACCAUAUUCAUCAGUGAUUUACCCUUUAGAAUUAGUGGUAGGUAAAUGGACGAAUUUAGGGGAUAAAACCAACUAGAAUUAUCAAAAAAAUGUUACAUUUAGGUCCCUGUAAACAACCUAAGCCGUUCACUUCACCUACAUAACCAAUUUAACUUUUAGUUUUUCACUUUAUUGUUUUGUUUUAAAAAAUGUUAAUAGGUUUUUGAAAUAAUGAGCAAGCUUUCUACUUUACAUAUUUUGAAAAAAUUGCACUGUACAGUGUACAUACAUACAAUAUAAGUGUAAGACUAAGUAUAAACUUCUAAGUAGAUAUACAGUUGACUUCAAGAUUAUGUUGUUUAUCUAUUCUAUCGGCUAUUUUAAAUUGUUAGUUAAAACUGUUAGAAUUAGUGACAAACAAUAUAGGUAAUAUAUUUGUCAAAUUUUUUAUAAAUUAUAGUAAUAAUUUAGGUAACCAUAGAUAAUAUAAAGAUUCUUUAUCAUCUAUGAACAUAUCUUGUACUUAAAUUUACAGUGUAUCUAAUAUUAAUAUAUUAUGUAAACUGCAUUUAAAGUUUUUUCGAUUAUCAAAUUGACACAGUAGGUAUUCACUAUUCUACAGACUUGAAUUGUAGUUUAUUGAUAUAAUAUUUAGUGCCGGGUAUUAAUAACAAAUACCUACCUAACUAUUUAAAAUAAUUUUACAUUCGUAAUAUUUAUCAUUUGUUUGUACCUAGAAACAUAUGUACUUUUACGAAUCCAUUAAUAUUAAAAUUAUAAGUCUUAUUGCUAUAAAUACAAUAUUAUAAAGUACCUAAUAAUUCAUAAGUAGAUUAUUGAAUGAUAAAUAUUUUGCCUACCAAGUAGAUACUAUUAAAGUAUUUGGUUAGAUAAAAUCUUUAAUCAACCAUUUUUUAACAUAGCAAAAUUUAAAAAUUUGUAAAAUGAGUUUUCAAAUAAAACUUAGAAAUAUAAGUAUAGAAACAUUAUACUCUAGAUACUUACCUACCAACUCCUUGAGUUCAUAAAUACUAAAAUAAAUACCUACAAUUUAUGAAUAUUAUGAAUAAAACUUAUUCAAAAAAAGUCAAUUGAUACCUACUCUAAAACUAGUAUAUUUUUAUUGAUCAAUAAAAUGUAGACUUACCCUAUUGGACGACAUCAAUUUUAAAAACAGUUUAUGUGUCUUAUUCAGAUAAGUUAGGGAGAGAGUAACUGACUUAUACCUAAUAUAUUAUACUUAAACUAUUAACAUUAAAUGAUAAAAAUGUUUAAAAUAUAUCAUACAAAGUUAAAUUAAUUUAAUAUAUUUUUAAUGUUCAUAAAUUAAUCUAUAACAGUAAAUAAAGUACAAUCAAGUAUCAAAUGAUACCUAUCUACUGUUGAUUUUUAGUGAAAUAUUUUGUUGUCCACUGAAAUCAGUUAGUAACAUGUUUUUAUCAAAAUAAUUAUAAUUCUUAUUAUUUUAUAAUAUACUAGAUCUUAUUGGUAAACAGUUUUUCAUUAAAUGACAAUAUAGCUAUUUAUUAAUUGAAUAAUAAUUAUUUUUGAACCGUAAUACCAACAUUGGUAUUAGUGUUAGGAUUUUUUUUUGCUAUGUUGAAGGAUUUUUAUCAGGUGAUUUGUGAAAAUUAAAUGUAGGUAAUAAAAUUAUGUUUUAUUCCCUACCAUCUAUGUAACUAUCAUUUUAUAAUUUCUACAAUGAUGUUCACUGUAAAUUAUAAUUGUAAUCUAUAUAUGUGUAUAUAUAUCUAUGAACUAAAUGCAGAUUUGAUUAGACAAAGUUAUAAUUGAAUACAGUUUUAUCAUUGAAUCAUAAAAACAAAAAAAUGAUUUUAUAUUAGCAUCAUUACUUUAUACCUAAUGAUGUACUUAAAAAAUUUCGAUUUUUGAAAAUAUUACAAUUGCUUAAUCUAUAUUUAUAGACAUCAUGCCAUUGGAGAAUUAAAAAUAAAUAGGUAGGUAUUUAGCCAAAUCAAAACCCCAGUUUUAUUUAUGGAAGAUUUCAUCAUUUAAAAUAUUAUGUAGGUAGGAACCUAUUUCUUUACAUAUUCUGCUAUAUAACAAAUUAAAUUCAAUAUAGAAUAAAUAUAUUUACCUAAUAUUAAAAUUUAAAAUUAGAAAAAUAGAUUGGUAUUAUGGAAUUUUUAAAUAAUUUCUUUGCGCGUAAUAUAUAACCGAUAUCUAUAUAAUAAUAAUAUAUUAGUAUAAUAUUGGAUAUACUAAGUAUAGUUUUAAUAAGCUUUUAAAAAAGAAAGGUGAUAUCCUAUAAAUUAUACUUAACUAUUUUAAAGUUUGUCUUGCCUAAUAUUGUACUACCUAUAUGUAAAUUAAUCAACUGAAAUUACUUAGGCACCUACUUAAAUCCUAUGAUAUGUUAAACUAUUUUUAUUUAUUUAUGAUAUUGUAGGUAUUUGUGUAAAGUCGUUUAUUCAGGAACUAACAAUUUUACUUUUACUUUAUUAUUUUAUUAAAUAAUUAUUUAUUAUUUAUUUUAUAGAUAGGUAACCAUGUAAAAUACAUUGUUAUAUUUUAGUCUAUAAUUAUUAUUAAUUUUACCUUAUAUGAUAUAUUUUUAAACAUUUUACCUAGUGAAUUAAUAAUUAAUAUGGGGUUAUAUGUACAUUAUUUGUAACAUAUAAUUGCAUUGUUUUACUUUUCAGUUUUAAGUCAUUUUUCUUUGGACAAAUUUGUAAAUAAUAAUUAAUAGCUAAUCUAAUUACUACCACAUCAUUAAGUUCUUCAAUAGGUACCUAGUAAAAACUGUAUUCCGCAACAUAUUAUUUGUAGUAUAAUUUGCUAAUUAUUUUCAAAAUAGGUAUGUUAAUUAUAGAAAAAUUAGGCUGUACUGCAUACAGAACGUAUUAUUAAAUACCUACCAAUGCAUCGGAAAUAACUAAGUGUAGUCAAAUAAACAUAAUCUAAACUUGUUUUUAUAACAAUACAAUUUAAACCUAAAAGAUUCAUGCUCAAUGGAUCUCAAAUUAUUAACAUUGUAUUGUACGCUUUACCAAGUUAUACUUGGUAUACAGUAAACCUUACUGAGAACGGUGAACCAAGUUUCACGAGUGUAUCUACAUUUUAUUUACUUAACAAUAAGCAGCAAUUUUAGGUGAACAACGUAAUUUGUAUAUUCUAUUUUAUUCGAUGGUUUAAAUUAUCGCUGAACAAAAAAUGAUAUGAAAUCCAAAUUAACAUAGAUAUUAGCGUGAAACGCAAAAUACUGUUUACACAUUUUUUUUCCAAAAGUAAUUUCUGGUGAUUGAUGUACCAAUGUCUAAUAUUAUGUAAAUUUGUACAUUUUGCGGCUAAUAACGUUGUCAAUAAUAAUUCUCUCAUUAUCAAUUAUAGGACCUGGUGGCUGGUACUAUAAAAUCUGAUGAUUCAUAACAUUUUUAUUCAUCUUGAUUUUUUUUUUUCCUAAAACAAGAGUCAAUGAAAUUCUAACACCUGUACAAAUAAAAUACAAAGAUACGCCCUCGAAAAAAAAAUUUGUUUUGUUUCACCCUAAUGUGCCAUGAUGAUUUGACACUUAAAAUAACUUGUUUUAUUCAAUAUUUUUAAUAUAUAUAUAUUUUAGAUUCGGAGCGUAGCAAUGAAUGUAUUUGUUUUACAACGAUGAUUAUUUUUAUUUUUUUUAUACUGUGUACUAAAUUUCUAGCGAAAAUCUUGGUCCAAUGUAUCGAACGUAGCGCCGUUUCUGAAAGCGAAUUUUAUCUAGUUGUUACUUUAGGGAGGUUAUUUUUAACCUUUGAUGUUUUAAGCUGUUUUCAUAAUAAUUGAAAAAAACGUAGGGAUAAACGGGCAAAUAUUUACGGCAUAACGAUUUUCAUAAUUUUACAUUUUUGUAACUUGUGUUUUCUACUAUAAUGUUUCUUCAAUUAAAAUCUUGCUGCAAUCAAAAAAUGACGUAAGACCAUAUUUUUCUUGAAUUUUAAAUCUAAUUUUUUACUUAGAAAGUCAUUUUUUGAUUUUCCAAGUAGUUUUAAUAAUAAUUAGGUAAAAUCAAAAAAAGACGAAAAAUUAAAAUGAUAAAUAAUUUAAAGAGUCACAAUAAAAAUUUGUAAAUUGUUAAUUAUAUUAUUUUAAAAAAUAAAAAAUAUUUAAUAGAAAAAAAAUUAUUUUAAAUGUCAGAUCAUUGUAGGACACUGUGUAUAAUUAGGUAUCUAUAAAUUCUGACUUGUUUUUACAUAACUAUCACCUCUGAUGUAAUAUCACAAUCAAUCACUAACUAUAAAAUAAUAACUUAUUAUCAAUUAGGUGUAUAGUUAAAUGAAUAAAACUAAAAUGUACACUCAAUGUACUAUAUCAUUUUUUUUUAAGUGAUUUGCCAACCACCUGAAUACUUUUUAAUGAGCAAUUUUUUUUUGGGGGGUGGGGGGAGGGUGAUCUUUUAAGAGAAUUCCGGAAGUUGAUCCUUUGCAUAACAUGAAAUAUCAGUCCCUCAACACUAUCAGAAAAUCUAUAUAAUUAAUAAUAGGGGCUUAUUAUAUUAGUUUUUUUAAAAUAAUUUUGUGUAAAAUAUUUGGGGUCCACAUUGAUAAUAUGCAUAGUGUCUUUAUGUUUAGUUUAUGUGUAAGAUACUAUUGGAUUUGAAAUUGUUUUAAGAAUAAAACACAUUACAAGUUUUGCUCAAAAACUAAAAUUAAAAUGUAUUUUUAGAACAUUUAAUCAAUUUUUAAAAAAAUGUUAUUUAUGACACUGUAAUCUAGUACAGUUUCUAUAGUUCGAACGUUUACGUUUACAAGACUAUAAAUUAUGACAACCUCAUUAUAAUCUUUAAAAAAUAAUCAUAUUUUAUUAAUUUACUAGAUACCUAAAUAUUUAUUUAAAUGUGUAAGUAAAAAAAGCUCACACAAAUUAAAAAUUCAAAGGAAACCAAUAUUUGACAUUAAAUUUUAUUAUGACUCAUGGACAUAUUUAAGAGACAAAAUAAAAUAAGAAUUAAUCAUGUAUCAAAAAUAAAAUACAGGAAUAUUAACCAAUUUAUAUUAAGUAUAAGUAGUAUGAGUAGAUGAUUUAUAGAAGUACAAAAUUGAUUUUAAUUUUAGUACAACUUUUCAAAUGUUUGUCAACAAUAUUUGAUUAAUUAGUAUAAAUUUACAAGGUCAAAUAAAAGGUUAAUUUAAUUGAUACCUAUUCUGUCACCAUUAGUAAUUAACCAUGGAUUUUAAUAAUAUAUAGUUUUGGUUACUUAUUAGUUUAAAGUAUAUAAAAAAAAAAAAUACUCACUGUUAAUGUUACUUGAAAAAAACAUUAUUUUAUGUUGAAAAUUAAAAUAUAUUCUGUUAAAUUUUAUUUUUCAGUUGCUAAUUAAUAUAGAUAAAUAAAAAGAAAAAAUGGAAAACCCUGACGGAGUCAAAAUUGAAGAGACUGCUUCCGUAUCAGAAGAGCCAUUGAUUAGUAUUUUAGACAUUGGUCUUUUUAUUGUAAUUAUGACUGUGGCAUAUUUUUGGUACUUCAAAAGAGAUAAACAGUCUAGUUCACCAGAAAAGAAACCCUACACUAUUCAGUAAGUAUAAUAUUUAUUUUUCUCUAAUUAUUUUAGUUGCAUGGUUUAGAUAUUAUAGUUGUUCUACAUAAUUAUUUUUUGUAUUCACACAAAAAGAAAAACUGAAUGUACCUUAUACCUUUAUGUAUGUUAUUUUUCUUAUACUAUAAAAAACUACCUAAACAUUAAAUUAUUAUUUAUUCAAAUUUUAUAUCAUGUUUUUCAAAUACUUUUUUUUAUUAUAUUUACAUGUAUGUUUUACAUUUUCCAUCCUCUACUUCAAUUCUAUAGACUGUAUGCAUAACUAUAAAUAAUAAACAUCAAAAUAUAACAAUGAUAGUAACGUUUUAUAGCUAAUUUAAAUAUUUCUUUUUCAUGGACUUUCAGUUACUGAUCAUAUUAAAUAUUAUAAACAACUAAAUUAAAUUUAAUUAGGUUUUUUUACUACUAUUAUAUUGAAUUUGAUUAGGUCUAUUUUUAAGGAAUUAAAUUAAAAUUAUGUUAAAAAUAAAAUUGUUAUAUGUUAAUAACGUUAAUACAAUAUUAUGAAUUGAUAAUUUAUGUUAUCUCAAUAUAAUAUAAAAAUUUUCUAUCCAUUAGUAUUUUAACAAAUACAAAAGUGGUAUUAGUUUUUUAGGUCAUCAUAUAUUUAUACAAAAUCUUUAUGAAUAUGUUUAUUCAGUUUAAAAAAAAUUAAUUCAAAUAAGUACUUAAGUUAUUUAAUUUUAAAAUUUAUUUAAAUUGCCAAUGAAACAGUUUGUUUGAAAUAUUAAUCUUAUUUUUAUUGUUUAAUAUAUAACAGUAUAUAUUUAAGAUCUAUUUUUCCUAAAAUAGUUGUUAGUUUAAGUAUUACUUUGAGCCUUAGUAAAAUUUGUAAAAACUAGAGGAGCCAUACAUUUUCUGAACACAAUUUUAUGGUGAAAGAAUUAUUAAACAGAAUUUAUUUAUUUUAACUUGGUCCAUGUAAUUUUUUUAAACACUGGAAUUUUUAUGCAGUUUAAACAAAAGUAAUUGCAGAGACCUAAAAUUGUUAUCAAAUUUGAUAUAAUCACCUUUUCUAAACGUAGUAUAAUUUUCAAAAUAUUCUGACGUGUUCUCUUCUCUUUUAUUCUAACUUAUACAAUUCUGCUAUUUGUAGUUCAUUUUAAUAUUCAAGAAAAUUAUUCUUUUUUUUUGUAUUGCUAUUAAUGUUAUUAUAAUAAAAAAUAGAUAAAAAAUUUGUUCAUGGAGACUUAUAUAAUUUCAAAGUGAUAGCAAUAAUGCAAAUUCUAUUACCUAUUUUAUCAAUUUAAAUUAGAUUAAAUUAGAUUCUCGUGGAACAUGGUAUAAUAAUUUAUUAUAUGAGUUUGUAUUCAUAGUAUUUUGAUCUGAACAAAUGGAAUACUUACAUUCUACCUCUCUUGUAUAUUAUAUUAAUUCAAAUAUAAGUUAAUUUAUUGAAAUUGGCACUUGGAAUACAUACUACAUAGGUGCACAAUGCAUAAUAUAAUAUUUAUAAUUUUUACAUGACGUUUGUAUUCUUUCAUUUUUAAGCUUUAUCUUUUGUUAGACAUAUUUUUAAAAACAUUGAAUUGAAAAACGUCAACAAAUUUUGAAAUUGGCAUAUAUUCAAAUUACUUUAAGAUUAUUCAAUUUGAUACAUUAUUUGAUUUUUGAUUUCAUAUUUUGAUACCUAUUUAUUGAAUCUAAAAAUCUAAUCUAAACUGUUAUUAAGGAUAAUAAAAAUAUAAGGUAAUUAAUAUCUUUAUGGAACAGGAGUAAGAUUUAAAAACAUAUUAAAAUCCUUAAAUGAUUCAUUAUGACAGAGAAAUAUAACUGAAAACAAAUGUGCUUCAAAAUCUAUAUAUAUAAUUGCUGGUUUAUCACAAAAAGAAAAAAUUAUAAUUAAUAUUUUACUUUGUAUUUCUAACAUUUCAUAUUUUUGUUAUGUAUAAAAUUACAUUUUAUAAUUUAUUGAAUAUUGGAAAAUUUCAGACCAUCCACAAUCAGUCCCAUGGAGCAGACCUCCAAUAGUUCCUUUAUAAAAAAAUUAAAAUCUACGGGCCGUAGUUUGGUAGUAUUUUAUGGAAGUCAAACUGGAACUGCAGAAGAAUUUGCAGGCAGAAUAGCCAAGGAAGGUGCUAGGUAUAAAAUGAAAGGAAUGGUGGCUGAUCCUGAAGAAUGUGAAAUGGUAAUGUUAUUUUUUUUAUAUUUAAAAUAUUUAAAUAAUUUGGUCAUAUAUUUAACAAAUUAAUUUGUAUUUAUUAUUAGGUCUUAUUAUUAUGCAACUUAAAAAAAUAAGACCAUGCAACUAAAAAAAUGUUUUUUUUUACAUUAUUCAAAUGUUGAUUUAAAAGAAUGCAUCAAUUGCAUGAUUAAAAUCUUUGACAGUUUUGAAACUAUCAUUACUAAGUUAUUUUUAUAUACUAUAAAUGUUCACAAUAUAUUUUUAAAAUUAUAUUAUGUACCUAUAUAUAUUGAAUAAUAUAUAUGAUAAAUAAAUUUAUUUCAAUUGUUAGAUUUUUGAUGAUUUGUGAAAUUAUUAGGCAUAAAACAAUAAAUAUAAAAUUGAGAAUUUUCAAUGGAAAUAUAAGUUGGAGGUCAUCUAUCAUAAUGAUAAUAAAAUACAAGGUUUUUUAUAUAUAAUAAUACUACCUAGUGAUUCAAUGUCAUCAGAUCUUUUUAUUUAUCGAUAAUGAAAUGUAUAUAACAAUAUAAAAAGUAUUUUAAUUUAUAAAAAAAAUAAUAAGUGACAUAUAAUGUAUUUCUAUUUAUAAUAUAUUUAUUAUGUACCUAAUUACUUUACUAAUUUAAAUAUAUAAUACAUACAUUUUAAUUGCAAUGUUUAAUACAGUUUUAUUUUUUAAAUUAUUGUGUAAACAUUAUCUGUGAUACAUUAUGAUUUUUAUAGUUAUAUAACUGAAACAUAAAUAAUAUCAGAGUUCAUAAUCAUGCUAAAAAAUAACCGUUUUUAAUUUUUGUUUUUCCUUUUAUUUUUUAUAGAUAUAUUCCAUUAUAAUAGAAUGUGAUAAAAGAUUUUAAAAUUAUAUGGUAACUUCAUAUUAACCAGAAUCUUAGUUAUUGUUUAAGUUUUAAUUUCUAUAAAAAGUAAAGUCAAUAUAGGUGCUUACUAUACAUGUUUUCUAUUUAGUAUUAAUUAGUAGUCAUUGUAUAUCCAUUUAAGGUCUAAAAUUUGUAUGUAUGACUUAGAAGUAGAACCCAUUAUAAUGUUUUAUUAAAUAGUAAAGCAGGAAAUGUUUACUAAAAUGAAAAAUAAUAUGUAGAAUACCUUGAAAAAAUACAUCAUUAUUUAGACUUCUGAUAAUAUUUUUGUUAACAUAUUAUUGCAUACUACCUAUUGUAGUUUUAGACUACAAGCAUAGUGAUCCCGCGUUUAAAUUUCAAAAUAAAUUAAUUUAAUUCUAGAAAUAAAUCUUUCUUUUAUUAGAUUCCGAGCAUAGCGAGGUGCUACUGGUUUUACUAAAAUGUUUAUUUUUUUCUUUCUGCGUUUUUGUGUGAAGACCCUUUUUUCCUAGUAAACUUUCUCCGAUUUUUAUGUGUGGCAUCUUUUAUGAAAGCUCAAGUUGUUUAUAUUGUACUUUAAAUAGGUAAUUUUUUUGAUUUUCGAUGCCAUUCUUAAAUAAAAGGACUUAAGUAGGAAAAAACGUUGGAAAACAAACAAUUUCAUUAUUUUAUUAAAAACACGGAUGACAUUUUCUAUUAGAAAAAAGUGAUUUAAUUGAAAAAUCAUAAGACCCCUUUUUUGUUGCCUUUUUGAUUUACUUUCUUACAGUAUCAUCUCCAAAACUUUUGAGCCACUUUUGAACUUUUAAGGAAUUUUAAUUUUUGCUGUAAUUCAAUUAUAAAUAUACGUAAAAACUUGAAACUUAGUAAUAUUACUUAUAUUGGACAUACCUAGACAUAAUAAAAUUUUCAAAAUCAUCGGACGAUUUUUUCUUUUUAUAAACGUUUUGAAAUCAAAUUUAAACGAAAAUCGUAAAAAAAAAAUUACAGCACUUCAAAUUAUGUAUUACCGAACUGCUAUGAAAUGGUCUUUCGUCAAGCAAUGUCUUAUCGUUGCUUACAGAUAUAAAUGAAAUAACCUUAUGUAUCCUACCUUUCCAAGUUCCCAUCUACAACAGUGGCCGCUCCCAUCCCUUUAUCGGCUCUUUUUUUAAAAAUUAAAAUUAUUGCUUAAAACGACAAAAUCGAGUUUAUGUUAUUUAAUUUUAUUUAAUAAAUUGUAUUCUCAAAAGAAUCCCAAAGAAAUCUGACAACUGCAAUAACUUGUGUUAUGUUCAAUAUUUUUUUUAAUUAAAAAAAAAAUGUUAACCUAUUACUAAAUCCGAAAUAGCGCUUAUCAUUUAUUUUUUCGAUUUCCACAAUUAUUAUGAAAAUCUCUUGGAAAAUCAAAAAAACGAUCUCCUCAAUGCUCUCAACUAGAUUUAAUAAAAUAUAACAAAAAUAACCUCUUGUCAAUUUUUAAUUGUAUCAAGUUUUCUAAUUGAAAGUGGCUCACAGACACAAAAAAAAAUAUUCUGCAUUCAUAAGCAAAAAUGUAUAAUACUUAAAAAUAGAACAAAACAUAUUUAUAAUUCAUUUCAUUAUUUCAAGAUUAAAAUUUGUAGUAUCAAAAAACUAGUCUAUAGUAAAUCUGUACUCUGGUAUUAUACUUGUAUGUUUAUCCAUGAUAAUUUAAUAAAAGGCACUCAUUGUUUUAAAAUAUAUGUUUGUAUUAAUUAUACAGUGUGAUUCAUUAAGCACACUCACCCAGUUUUCAGGAGUAAAUGUUGCAAGUAUUCAAAUUCUGUUUUUUUAGAAUUUUUAAGUGUAGUUAAAGAAGAUAUUUUCGUAUAUCUAAAUUUUUUAUAACAUUUAAGAAGUAUUGUUGGUGUCUUGGCGAUACAAACUUUGGGUUUACCAAAUGAAUACCUAUAUUCACAAUUACAUAAAAAGAUAGAGUAUUAGUUAAAGUAAAAAAAUGGUGUUGAGAUGUUUGAUUUUACUCUUUCACGAGAUAUUCCACUUUUAUUUUAGGCAGAGAGAAAUUAGUGGUGCACUAUUCAAAUAUCAGACGCUGUGCCACUACACAAAUUAUGCUCCUUUACUCUCCCCCUGUCUAAACUUAAAAGUGGAAUAUCUCGUGACAGUUAAGGGAAAUCGAAUAUGUCAACACCAAAAUUUAUUUUAACUAUCACUAUUUAUGGAAUUUUUAAUAUAGGUUCUUGUUUAAAAAACUAAAAUUUGUAUUUAUAAAAGAAAUUCAUAAAUUGAAGUAUACAGACAUGGGAUGAGCACGCUUAAUGAAUCUCCCUGUAUGCUAUUUCAUUUUAAAAUAAUUAAAAAUUACAAUAGGUUCAACAUUAUAGUAUAUAAAGUAUUAACUUUACAUGUCCUUGCAUACUUAUAAACUACCUAUGUUAAAUUAUUUGAUAUUCAAAUAUUAACUCAGUUUUAAUAUUUAAAUCAUAGAUCUUUAAAUUAACAAAAUUCAUGAACAAUUUUUAUUUGAAAGUUUAGAUUAUAACCACAGCUAGUUAUUUGUUUUACAAUGAUAUUUAUAUAUUUUUUAUGUUCUGUUAUAAACUAUUCUACCCUCAAUUAUACUUCAAUUUUCAUGUAUAGUAAUGUUUCUGAAAGGAAAUUUUAUCUGGAUAGUACUUUAAUAAGGUCAUUUUUUGAUUUUCCGAGCUAUUUUCAUAAUAUUUGCGGAAAAACAGUACAUUAUACGAAAUGUAUUAUUAAAUUAAUAAAUUUAGACAGGAAACUUAUAUUUGUCUUUCUAAACAUGGUAAAAUUGUCAAGACAUUUAAGCCAUUUUUAAGCUAAGGAGUUUUUUAUGUAAUUUUUAUUCGAUAAGUACUCUGUGGAUAAAAUUGUUAGACCAAUUAGAAAUGUUUGAAAAUUUAACAGGAAGUUUAUUAUAAGCCGUGCUCCAUGGUAAAAAAAAAUUGAGUGUAAUGUAAAAUUUUAGUUCUCUAUCUAAAUUUCAAGUCUCUAUGGAUAUUUUUAACUAAAACGCAACAAAAGAACAAAAAAAAAUAAAAUUUCCUAACUAUUAUGAAAAAUCAAAAAAUAACCUUCCUAAAGUAUCACCUCAAUUAUAUUUCUUUUAAGAAAAAGUACUGCACAUGAAAAUUGGUAGAAAAGUUGUUUACAGAUUUAAAAAAAUAAUAAUAAUAAACAUCAUUGUAAAAUCAAUACAUUAAUUGCUUUGCUCAAAAUCUAAAAAUGUAUAUCUGCCUAGAUCUAAAGUUUUAAAGAACGAACCUGAGUACAAUACAAUGUGUGCUUUAAAUAGUAUACUACAAAUUAUCAUUUUAUUAUAAACCUGUAUACUGUCAAAAUAAUUCAAGAAAUAUUUUAAUAAGGACUGUUAAAUAAAAUAAAACUUAAUAAUAAAUUGUAAUUACAAUAUCUAGGUUGUAAUAAUAUUUUAAACUUUUUAAAUUAUACAAAUAUUCAAACAACUUAAAGAACUAGGAAUCAUUAUUUUAUACAUAAAAUAAUAUAUGUUAUUUUAUAUUUUUUGUAUUAUUAAAUAAUAUAAAAUAUUAAAUUAUUACUAAUAAUAUCUAUCAUACCAUUUAUUUAUUAAGUUCAUAGUUGUUUUUACCUAAUCAUGAUUUAUGUAAAAAACCUACAUGUUCAACAAAUAGGUUAGGUUAGGUUAGUAGUUUAGUACUUUGUGGUUAUUCUGAAACUAUCAUAAUUAUACGAUUCCUAUCUAUAAUUAAAAUAUGUAUUUUUUUCUACUUUAGACUUAACAGAAUUGCAAAUAAUUAUUUGUAGUUCUAACUAAAAUUGCACCAUGUGUCAGAUUUGAUAGGGUGCCAGGUAAUAUCAUUUUUUUUCCAGUUGCUGGGUUAGAAAAAAGUUUUAUUACAUAUUAUAUGAUAUAAUUUAUAGGUAUUAAAUACAUAUACAUAUUAAAUAAUAUUCAUUUUCAUUAAUUUAAUGUGAAAAAAAAUGUAUUACUAUACAUUUUAGUAUAUUAUAAUAUGAUAUAUCGAAUUGAAGAAUAUUUAAUUAUUGCGUAAACUAUCAUUAGUAAAAAACGUAGUUAAUUUUUCAUUGGAAAUUGGCUUAUGUUCCAUAUUUAUAAAUAGAAUAUUUCUGGGUAAUGGUGAUUUGAUUUUUCUUUGUAUAAUUAAUAAGGUUGUGAAAAAGCUUCUUUCACAUUAAAAAAUUCUUUCACUCUAUAUUCUACUUGACAUCACUGAUAAAUAUUUUGUUGAAGUUUUAACAGAUUUAGAUAAAGUAAUGUAAACUUUUUAUUAAAAGUCGUCGGGUUUGGGAAAUUAAGACCCUGUUAAAAAGCUGUGUAGGUAUUGAAAAAUUUGCUGGGUUUUUUUGACAGGUACUCUAGUUUUAACAACCAACUUGUAAUGUAAUACAUUAUAAUAAUAUUUAAAUAAAUAAUUAUAUAUAAAUUAAAUAUAUUCAUUAAAAAAUUAAAGGUAAUGCAUAAUGGCCUAUAGGUAAUAGGUAAUGGCCUAUUUAAUUAAAAAAAAAUCAAUUUGAUAUUUCGAGCAAAGCGAGGAAUGUAAUAGUUUUAGUAUACUGUGUAGUAGUUUGUUUUCUCUAAUUAAACAAGUCUUUGGUCAGAAUUCUUGCUUCAAUUAUUAAAAUUGUUUAGCUUUGAAUAAAAUAUAAAUGCUCGAGAAUUGUUUAGAAGGUUUCUCAUAAUUUGUUUUUAAGGAAGUAUAAAAAUAUUGUAAAUCUGUAAUCACAUUUUUUUUUUAUAUACGUGUUUAAAGUUCAAAUUUUGAUGAAAAUUUUAGAAAAUAUAAGUAAUAGUAAUUUAUCUUGUAGUUACAAUUAAGUACAUUUUUCAGUUAAAAUGUACCAAAAAAUGUUUACCUGGAUGCUUUUUUGUUUGCAACUAUUUAUCAUGUCAUACAAUGUAUAACAUGAUCCUAUGAUAUCCUACCUUACCUAAUUUCUUAAAUAAAGCAGUGGCCUACAUUAGAACUGGAUGCAACAUUUUUAACCUUUUUUUAAACUGAAAUUCAACUCCUGUUACUAGCAAAAAUUCAGUUAAAUAUUUACUAAUACCAAGCUGAGCAUUACUAGGUAUGAAAAGGUGUUUAAAAUAUUUUUAUUAGAUUUUUAGAGAAUUAUUAUAGACUUAAAAUGUGGUAUUUUAAUUUGUUUGACACACCGUUUAAAUAGGUAUAUUUAUUAUUUAAGUUUAUGACAUUUUUAAGAUUACAUUUAAUUAUUUCUAAAAAUAUAUAUAAUUGAUUAGUAUUGGUGUACACAAAAGACAAUAUGCUUCUCAACUAAUAAAAAAUAACUCAUUUUAUGCCUUAACCAAUCAUCUGUAUGUUUAUCAUUAAUUUUUUUUUCAAAUGUGUAUUAUGGGUUUGUAAUUUUAUUUAACAAAAUUUAAAAUAAAUGAUUGACACACAAUUUUGUUAAAUAGCAUUUAACAAAAAUAUAAAUUGUUAUAAUAAUGUUUUACUUUAUGAUUUUAGGCAGACUUAGUGGAAAUGAAAGAAAUACAAAAAUCAUUAGCAAUUUUUUGUAUAGCAACAUAUGGUGAGGGAGACCCUACCGAUAAUGCAAUGGAUUUCUAUGAAUGGCUUCAAACUGGCGAUGCUGAUCUAGAAGGAUUAAAUUAUGCUGUAUGUAUUUUAAUAUAUUUAUUCUGAAUUCAAAUUAUUAUUAUUUUAUGUUAAGUAAUCUGUUAUUCCUGAUAUUAUUUAUUUAAUUUUCUUUAAUACAAAUUUUAGGUUUAUCUAAAAUUAAAGAAAUUUUAUUUUUUUGAAAUUUAAAACAUUGUUUAUAUUAAAUUUGCAUACUUAUUAUUAUAAAUGGGUAUCUGAGAAAAUGGCUACAUGCGUUUAUUCAAUUUAAUUUAAUUUGCUUUGAUGUUAAAUGGAGGUCGCAUCAUAGUUAUAGCCUACUUCAACCUAUUUAUGUUUGACAUUCAUGAAUAAUUCACAAAUGUAUAUUUUAAUCCAAUCAAUAAUUAUUAUUGGCAUAGAAUUGAUGAUUAGGUUUCAAAUGCAUUCAAUUUAUGCAUACCUAAUUAUGUAUUAAUAUUAGUUACAGAGAAUCGAUCCAUUAUUUUGAAAUUAAUAAAUAAGUACAUACUACAUUGAAGUAACAACAUAAAGUUACAUAAUUUAGUCCCUAAUAAAACAUUUGAAAAUACUUUUGUUUUAUUUUCUCUAAAACUAUUCAAAAUGUUUAUUUUAUAUAAUAUGCCUUUGACGUAUGCAUCAUUGUAAUUUAUGUAAUAAUUUUUUCUCUUAUUGAUUUAUUUUAUACCUACAUAUAUACAUAUAUACAUAUAUACAUAUAUAUAUAUAUAUAUGCCCAUACACAAAUUGCUUAUCUUUAAUUUUUAUAAAUAUUUAAAAAAUCAAAAUAACUAAGUCAUAAUCUAGAUUUGUUUCAUUUAAAUUAACUUUCUUUUUUUAUGUAGGUAUUUGGAUUAGGAAACAAGACUUAUGAACACUAUAACGAAAUUGCUAUUUACAUAGAUCAACGUUUGGAAGAAUUAGGUGCAACUAGAGUGCACGAGAUUGGUCUAGGAGAUGAUGAUGCCAAGUAAAUAUAAACUAUUACAGUACAAUCUUAAACUGGUAUUAAAAUAUUAAUCAAUAAUGAAUAGAUUAAAUUAUUUUUAAAAAAUGUACCAAUCAUAUUAUUAUAUUAUCAAUGCUGGAAUUGAAAAAAAAUUUGCAUGUCAUAAUAUUUAUUAUUUGGAAAUAGCAUAAUCAUACUUUAAAAAAAUAAAUCAAUUUACAAUUUAUUUCUAGUAUUAAGUGAAAUGUGCAGAAUACUGUUAAAGUAUUAUCAUAAAAAUAGUAGUUAUUAGUAUUAGUAUGUUAUUAAAAUUCUAGCACUGAUAAUAUUUUAAAUAAUUCUUUGUAUGUAUAACAUAUAGGUAAUAACAAAUUACUGUUUGUAUUUUGUACUUUAGUAUUGAAGAUGACUUUGUUACUUGGAAAGAAAAAUUAUGGGAAAGUGUUUGUUCGCAUUAUGGUAUUGAAGAAACUGGUGAAGAAAGUAAUAUUAGACAAUACAAAUUAGUAGACUGUUCUGAAGUUUUACCAGAGCGAAUAUUUACUGGUGAAAUAUCACGACUUAAAUCUUAUGUAAACCAAAGAUUGUAAGUCAUAUUAGAAUAUUUAUUUAAUUGUACUAAGAUGUGUUGAAAAUAAUAUAAUUAUUUACAUAAUAUUUGUUUAGCCCAUUUGACGUCAAGAACCCAUAUAUAGCCAAAGUUGUAGUUAAUCGAGAGCUACACAAAUCUGGUAAUCGCUCAUGCAUGCACAUUGAAUUUGAUAUUGAUGGUUCAAAGAUGAGGUAUGAUACAGGUGAUCAUGUUGCAGUCUAUCCAAAGAAUUCUUCAGAAUUAGUUGAUAAAAUUGGCAAACUAUUAAAUGCAGAUCUCGAUGCGGUUUUUUCAUUGUUAAAUACAGAUGGUAUAAAUAGAAACAAUUUAUAUUAUUUAAUGUUUAUAACCAAUAACUUAUUUAUUAUUUAUACAUAUUAUAGAGGAGUCUAGUAAAAAACACCCAUUUCCUUGUCCUUGUACUUACCGGACUGCUUUAACUUAUUACUUGGAUAUCACUUCAAAUCCUCGCACACAUAUCAUGAAAGAAUUAAUGGAAUAUGCUAGUGAUCCAAAAGUAUGUUUAUUUUUUUAAAUAUAUAUUAUGAAUCAUGGCGGUGAAUCAUAUAUGUUUAAAAUUAAUAUGUAUUUAUAGUAAUAUUACCUAUAUCUGUCUUAUUUAAGGAUCAAGAAAAGUUAAAACUUAUGGCUAGUUCAACACCAGAGGGUAAAAAGGAAUUCCACGAAUGGAUAUUACAUGAUAACCGUAAUAUUGUAAAUAUUUUGGAAGACUUACCCAGUGUAAAGCCUGAUCUGGAUCAUUUGUGUGAACUACUUCCAAGAUUACAAUGCCGUUAUUAUUCCAUAUCAUCGUCACCAAAAGUAUACCCAAAAUCUAUUCACAUUACAGCAGUAGUUGUAGAAUAUACUACUCCAACUGGUCGUGUCAAUAAAGGUGUUGCAACUAACUUGUUGUCACAACUAAAACAAACUAAUGAUGAACUGCCACAACCAACUAUACCUAUAUAUAUUAGACGAUCUCAGUUCAGGUAAGCGACUCAUAUACACAUUUGAGGUUAUUGUAAAUUUAAAUAUAUAUUUAUUUUUAUUUUUAAUAACUAUUUGAAUACAUUUUUCUUUUAAAGAUUACCACCAAAGAGUCAAAUUCCAAUUAUAAUGAUUGGUCCUGGUACAGGACUAGCACCAUUCCGAGGUUUUAUACAAGAAAGAGACUAUGCACGUAAAGAAGGUCUGUAAUUUAUAUUUAAAAUAUUUGUUUUGCACACUAAGUAUUUGUGUAAUUUUGUCUAUUCAGGCAGAGAAGUCGGAGAAAUGAUUCUGUAUACUGGAUGUCGUAAGAAGAAUGAAGAUUUCAUUUACGAAGAUGAGUUACAAGAAUAUGUUACAAAUGGAACAUUAACAAAGGUAAGCUAUUAAAUUAUUUUUAAUAUUAUAAUAUUAUUUAAAUAAAUCCUACAAAGUUUUCCAACAUAAAUUGUUUGCUUUUGAUAUUUUAUUUUAUUAAGAAGCUACCCAAACAAUUAUUUAUUAAACUGAUCAUUAUUACAAUCUAAUAUUCUAGCUACAUUUGGCCUUUUCACGUGAUCAACCUGAGAAGUUGUAUGUUACACAUUUAUUAGAAAAAAAUGCAGAUGAACUGUGGAAUAUAAUUGGUGUAAAAAAUGGACACAUAUAUGUUUGUGGGUACGUAUUAAAUUGUGUUAAAUUUUUAAAUAUGGUAUUGUAUUUAUUUAUUUAUUUUUUUAUGUUUAGUGAUGCAAGGAGCAUGGCCAAAGACGUACAUAACAUUAUUGUUAAGGUUGUCAUGGAAAAUGGUCAAAUGACCAAUAGUCAAGCACUAAACUAUGUUAAGAAAAUGGAACAACAGAAAAGAUAUUCUGCUGAUGUUUGGAGUUGAUUUGUUGUAUACAUUUUUAUUAAUCAAAGUACAAUAUGGAACGUCUUUGUUAGGAAAAAUAUAAAAAUAAUUCAUCCCAUAAAAAAAAAAAAAAAAUGUUUUAUAAUAAAAAUGGAAGAAAUGUGGGUUUCUUAUCUGUUUUAUUUAUUAAUAAUAUAUGUUAUUAAUUCUAAAUGAUCAAAUUUACAAUAAAAUUACAAUUAUUUUCUGUUUUAAAUUGAACUAUAUGCUGUUAUAUGUUAAAAUGUUACUAUUGACUAUCUUUUAGCUUCUGUUUUAACUAAUGUCUAAUUGGUUUUAAUAAUGUUUGUUGAAUCAACAAUAUGUGUAUAUACUUUUUCAUAACUUCCACUACCAAUUCAAAAUACUUAUGGUAUACUAAAUAAUUUGGGUAUUAAUUAAGAGGACACAAUACCCACAUUCAUUAUUCUUGUUUUACAAACAAAGAAAUUGUAGUAAAUUUACUGUCAUUAGAAUAAAUUGUGUGCCAUUGGUAUAUUAGAGGAAAUUGAUCUAAUGUUAAGCUUAAAUGUAAGAAUAUUAUUAUAUUAUGUGUUCUUAUGUUAAUUUUAUUUUUCAAUAUUUUAAUUUUUAAGUGAGAUAUUGGCAUUUUUAAAUUUUAAUAUUUUGCCCACUUGCUUAAAAAUUUAAAUACUGAAAAAAAUAACUAAUGGAACACAUUUAACAUAUUUUUGGCCUUUAAGUUAAUUAGUUGAUCAAUUUAUUCUAAUAUUAAAAAUAAUGGCAUAAAGUGUCCUACUGAACCCAAAUUUGCUAUGCUGUCCCCAUAUUUUGUAAGACGGGAGACGGUUAAUGCAGGGGUAGCAUCGUCUUAAUUAUAAUAUAUCUUUAAAUUUUCUAGGAUAUAGGUAUUCAGGAAAUAAUUAUUCAAUAUCAAAUUAAUCUACUCUAUGGUGUUGACAAAAAUUAACUUUGAUGAUUACUUUUUCCUUAUAUUUUUAUUAGUGUAAUUUUAAUUAAAAAUGACAAACACUAUAUUAUAGCCAGUAGAUUGAAAAAGAGUAGUCAGAAUUCAUUGUAUCACAUUUUAUUUUAUAUAUUUAUUAGUUUUGUUAUCUACAAGUUAUGUUUUCUCAGUUUUUAAAUGCUAAGUGAGUUUGUAAACUUGAAAUAGUUUCAGAUAGAGAGAUUUAAUAUAAGAUUGAAAAUCAAUAAAAAGCUUUAUUAAUUUGUAACAGUUAUCUAAAAUAUUAUUACAUUUUGCAUUAGUUGAAGUAACAUUCCUGGAUAUUGUUGUAUAUAUAGUUAAUGUAUUAUAGGAACAUAUAAAUAUGUUGUCUAUAUGACACCCGUAACAAUACCAUACGUGUUAAAAGACUAAGCUAACUUUAUUAUCAUUAGUUAACAAUAUUGAAGAUCAAUAAGAUAUAAUUUUUAUUUUUUUUUUAUGUAAACUAUCGUAAAUACUGAAAGUCAUAUUUUAAUACUAUUUGGUAAUAAAUUGUACAUUUAGCAUUGGUUUUAGUUUAUGAAAAAAACUUUUGUUAUGUACUUAAUUUAAAGUAAAUAUGCAAUGAUAUUUAGGUACACUAAUUUAUUGUUGUCCAAUAUUUUAAUAUGUGAAAACUUUAAAUUAAACAAGAGAAUCGAAUGCAAAAUAUAAUAUACCAGUGAAAGCUGAUAGAUAAAAUUACUUAUAGUUACCAACAAAGCGAUUAUUGUAAAAGAACCUAAUCUAUUUUUUUAAAGUAAAUUUUAACAGAUUUGAGUAACAAAAAUGCAUUAUUUUUAUAAGUACUGUGAUAAAUUGUUAGUUUAGUAUAUUUGGUUAUCUUAUAAUAUUAUGUAAUGGUUAAAAAUUGUUAAAAAAAAUAAAAAAUAAGAAAUUUUGUCGUUGAGAUUAUUAUAUAUAUUUUAUUAAUAUUAAAUAUUCUGUAUUGUAUUUUUUUUUUUUUAUAUUUUAAACAUGAGAUGGCACCUAAUGCAAUUGUAACAUGUUUAAAAUCUUUAUUUAGAUAUUUAUUUUUGUAUAUUUUUUUUAUCAUAAUAUGUACAUAUUAUGUAUUAAUGGGAUGAAUCAAUACACAACUAUAUUUAAUUUGUAUUUAACAUAUUAUAUUAUUUUUACUUUACCAUUGACUGUAAAUACUAUUUUAUAAUCAAUGGUAGAAAUCAGG